AUGUCAUCUUCUUCAUCUUCUGAAGAAUUUCAGACUAUUUUUGAUACCGCUAUUGCGUGUGUUCAAAUGGCGGAACAAACAUACAACGUUGUAUGUAACAACGCAGCUGCAAGUUCUCAACAGAGAACACGAAGAUACAUUUACAGAAAUCGUGAAGAAGCCAACCAACGUUUGGUGCAAGACUAUUUUGCAGAGAAUGCCACUUACCAAGGGUAUUAUUUUCGUAGGCGCUUCAGAAUGCUCAAAGGUUUAUUCGAACGUAUAAUUGAAGAUGUAACGAGGGAGUGCAGUUUUUUCCAACAACGCUACGAUGCUAGAGGUACACCCGGUUUCACUCCGUUACAAAAAUGCACGGCCGCACUUCGUCAGUUAGCAUAUGGCAUUCCGCCUGAUGCGUCAGACGAAAGUUUUAGGAUGUCUGCUAGGACAGCACGAGACAGUCUCCAUUUUUUCUGCAAAACUGUCAUUCAGUUUUAUGGUCCAAAAUAUUUACGUAAGCCUACAUGUAAUGACAUCUUGCAAUUGCAAGCUCAUCAUGCUAGUGUGCAUGGGUUUCCUGGAAUGCUAGGAAGCUUAGAUUGUCUCCAUUGGGCAUGGGAAAAUUGCCCUACAGCAUAUCAUGGGCAAUUUACACGAGGUGAUCAUGGUCACCCAACGGUGGUACUUGAAGCAGUUGCAUCACAAGAUAUGUGGAUUUGGCAUGCUUUUUUUGGUUCUCCUGGUUCGAUUAACGACAUCAACGUUCUUAACCGUUCACCAAUAUUUAACAACAUAUACGAUGGAUCCGCACCAGAUUCUUCUUUUCAAGUGCAUGGAACGCCAUAUAAGUAUGGUUAUUAUCUGGUCGAUGGAAUCUAUCAUGAGUAUGCUGUGUUUGUUAAGUCGUUUUCAGCUCCACAUGGUUCUAGACGAAAGAAAUUCAAGAGAGCUCAAGAAAGAGCUAGGAAGGAUGUUGAGCGUGCUUUUGGAGCUCUGAAGAAACGAUGGUUCAUACUGAAAAAACCAGCAGCUUAUUUGGGCGAGGAAAAACUUCAAGAAAUCAUGUAUACGUGUAUUAUAUUGCAUAACAUGAUUAUUGAAGACGAAGGAAGAGCGAUAUGUGCGUUUGACGAGGAAGAAAUAAUACCAGAGACACAGCCAAUAGAAAUUGGUGGCGAAGAGUAUAUAAACAGAAGAGCAGAGAUACGUUGCAAUGAAACAUUUCAUAAUCUUCGCAAUGACGUGGUGGAACACAUUUACGGGGUUCAAAACAUUAACCUUAAUUUGGAUCCACCGGAUGACCCCGAAGACGAGUUCUCGGAGAACGACUUUAUGUAG